AGGGCCGGGGGGCCGAGGGGGUGUCCCAUGGGGAACACGUUGACCUGUUGCGUGUCCCCGGAUGCCAGCCCCAAACUCAGCCGGGGUGCGGGGGCGGCGGGCCCGGAGCGCCGGCUGGAUGCCUACGACGCAGGAGCCGGGGACGCGGUGCUGGCGGCCGCAGAGCCCAAGGAGACGGACUCGGCGGGAGGCGAGGGACCGCACCUGCAGCACAUCAGCGACCGGGAGUUUCCCGACGAUUUAGCCAUGGAAUCAAACCCAUCUGAUCAUCCCAGAGCAAGCACAAUAUUUUUGAGCAAAUCCCAGACUGAUGUGAGAGAAAAGAGGAAGAGCAACCAUAUAAACCAUUUGUCUCCAGGGCAGCUCACUAAAAAGUAUAGCUCAUGCUCCACAAUAUUUAUUGAUGACAGCACAGUCAGCCAGCCUAAUCUCAGAAGCACAAUCAAGUGUGUGACGUUAGCAAUAUACUACCACAUAAAAAACAGAGAUUCAGAUAGAUCCUUGGAUAUUUUUGAUGAGAAAUCCCAUCCACUCACACGUGAUGAUGUUCCUGAUGAUUACUUCAAGCAUGACCCUGAUCACAAGCAUAUUUACCGAUUUGUCCGGACUCUCUUUAGUGCUGCACAGCUAACAGCAGAAUGUGCAAUAGUCACUUUGGUUUACUUAGAAAGACUUUUAACUUAUGCUGAGAUUGACAUUUGCCCAAGUAACUGGAAAAGAAUUGUUUUGGGAGCCAUUCUUCUUGCUUCCAAGGUUUGGGAUGAUCAGGCAGUUUGGAAUGUGGACUAUUGCCAGAUCUUGAAGGACAUUACAGUUGAGGACAUGAAUGAGAUGGAAAGACACUUCUUGGAGCUCCUGCAGUUUAAUAUUAAUGUUCCUGCCAGUGUUUAUGCCAAAUACUACUUUGACCUUCGCUCCUUAGCAGAUGACAACAACUUGAGUUUUCUGCUGGAGCCUCUCAGCAAAGAGCGAGCACAGAAACUUGAGGCUAUUUCCAGACUCUGCGAAGACAAAUACAAAGACUUGUCCAAAGCUGCCAUGAGACGAUCUUUCAGUGCUGAUAAUUUAGUCGGUAUUCGCCGUUCUAAUGCCAUCCUCUCCUGAAGGAGAAGUGAGGUGCAAGGGUCAGAAAGCCAACAUCCGCAGAGAGCGGGGGAACGCUCCCUGCCCGACAACCAGCACGUGGUGGUUUCAGCGAGAGGAAGGGCACUGACUCCAAGGGACUCGGGAACCUGAGGAUCACACUCCAUAGGAAAGAUGGGAUCUUGUCAAAGCAGCACAUUCUCCUGUCCUUUUUAAUGUAUCCAGAGGUGCAAAAACAAACUUUAUAAUGAAACUUCCUGAAUCCCACCCCACACACAGAUGUUUGCUUACUGUGUAGGCCUAUAGCUGUGACCUAUGUAAGUUUUUUUUAAAUUAGUAGUUUUAAAUUUUAACAUUUAAACACUAACCAUGUGACUCUAGUUAAAAAGUUCCCUCUACCUUCCAGCCACUCCAGAACCUUGCUGCAUAUGCCUUUCGGAGUCAAUGCAGUAUUAACCUUAGAACAUGGGACUCUUAAUAAAACAUCAAGCCUCUUAGGAGCAGAUACUGUAGCAUUGAUCAGCACUGAACAGUUAUUCCUCCUUACUUGGUUACCAUUAAUGCUGCUAAUUACUAUUAGCAAUCAAAUUAAGCUGCUGGGCAGAGUAUAUGCUGGCUCUGGAUCACCAUGUCAUCCUAGUAAAUACAAUGUCCAGGGAGUCUUUUAAGUAUUGAGUUUGUGAGCAAAGGAAUUAAUACUGGGUCCAUGCUGCUUGUGAAUUAUGGUGCUUCUCAUUUUGUUCCUUUUGCUCCUAAUCUGGAAAAUAUGCAGACUAUAAAUUUUUUUCAUGGAUUUAAGGAAGUGGAUUAAAACACUUAAAUCUUCUAAACAUGGUGAUCCAGUGAUUAGUGUAAUACACUAUUUCUGAAGUUUUAUUUUCCGAAGCGCCAUCAUGAUAUAUUUACAGUGGAGUUUACAAUGCAAGAUAUGGUUUUAUCUUUGGUUUCCUGAAAUUUCUGCUUAUAAAUUUGGGAGGGUUGGAGGGAAGAAAGGGGGAAAUGGUAGGGAAUUGGAUUCACAAUGAAUCUGUAAUGAAUUAGAAGAAAUUGGACUCAGUGAUAGUGAUAGAUGAUUAUUCUGUUCCUAACAUAUCAGACUUAUCCAAACUUUUUAAAACUUUAUGUGUAACUUAGAUGUAGUUACAAUUUUUUUCCUUCUCCUUCUUGGUGUCGAAAGAGAAGAAUUAAUCACAAGGUCAAAACAAAACAUUAUUUUUAGUUUUCUGAAGGUGGGGAGAGGAAGAUUCAGGAGAUUGGUGUCCAUACCAACCCAAACUCAAAAUAGAUCUGAAACAUUAGCGCAUAUUCAUAAUUUUUACCUGUCUUCUUCCUUCUCCUUUAUGUAUAGAUCCUAGGCAUUUUGCCCAGUGAACAAAACAUUUCUGGUCUAGGAAUCCUGUGUACUCUUCUCCCAACAUAGUAAUGCUAUAUAUUAAACCCAUAGAUCUGCGUGCUGCAGGUCCCAUUGUUGUCAAAGGAAAAGAGCUAUAUAAAUGAUAAAUAAUGGUAUUUUUAAUAUUUCAAUCUACCAACUCCAGAAACAUGGUUUUUGGAGUUUGGAGCUUGGAGCUUCAGGUAUUGAUUGCAGUUUUAUUUUGAAAAGAAUGCUACAACUUCAGGUGGUUUUUCUUUCUCAUGUUUAUAUUAAAAGAAAAGCUAAUAAUAAACUCUAUUUUAAUUAAAA